UUUUUUUUGAUAACGUUGAAGAGACUACCUCAAUCAAACCCCUCCCAACUGGCUUAGUAUUGAUCACCCAUGGCAUCUACGAUUGACAUCGCUUCCUCGUUCAUCGAGGGUGCCCCGCCAGGCGAGCUCGCCGACGUUGUCGCCGAUGUGAAAACCCUCACUUCCGACACCCCCGAUAUCAUCCCUUCUCUAGCCCCUGCCUUUGAACGAUACAAUGAGACGCAACUGGCGACGGUGAAGCUGCCCGGAGCGAAUCAGGAGGUCCUUAUCAGCGAAUUCAACAAGUUGGAGGGAAACCGGUACUUUGACGUCGAGAGCCAGACGUCGUUCGAAGUCGACCAUGUCACACAAGAAGCCUCCGCAGCGCAGUCGUACGUACUGGACUCGCAGAAUGCGGACUUGAUCAAAUCGCUACUCAAGUUGAUUUGUGCUCACGCUGUUGAGCACUAUCCUAAUUCCUCGUAUGGUGUAUACCCCAUUGAAAACGAUUCGGCAGUGGCUAUUGUGCUUGUUGCGAACCGCUACUCGCCUAACAACUUCUGGAACGGUCGCUUCCGUGCUGUCUACCAGGUCCCUGUUUCGGAGCCCACGACUGUGACCGGAAAGAUCCAGGUUGAUGUCCACUACUAUGAGGAUGGUAAUGUGGCCCUGAACACGAAUAAGCCUAUUAACCUCUCCGUCUCCUCCCUUUCCGCCGAGAGCAUCAUUUCCCGCAUUGCCACCGCAGAGCGAGACUACCAGGAGGACCUUAACCGUGCGUUCGUGCAAAUGGCCGAGGGCGCAUUCAAGGGUCUGCGGAGACAGCUGCCCAUCACACGCCAGAAGGUGGAAUGGGAGAAGGUCGGAGGAUACCGACUGGGACAGGAUAUCUCUGGUGGUAAGGGGCGGUGAGAUGCCGAAGGGAUUCCGAUAAUAUGCUGGCAUGUAUGUGGAUUGAUCGUUAGCGUGACUAGACAGAUUCAUUCUAAGUUGAUUUUGCAUAAUUAGCAC